AUGUCAACUAAUAAUGAAUUAAAUGACAGUAUUGAUGGAUUACUCAAAUAUCCUGUUAAAAAUAAAUACUCUACACAAGUGUUUGUUCAUAUGCAUCCUCCAGUAGUAAACAAAACGAAACAGGAAAUCAAACAAAUGGACUACGAUUUAAAGACAUCCGAUCCCGUUGAACAAGACCAGGGUGAAAAACUGACAUUGCCGAAUCACAGGGAAAAUGAAGACAUCAAAGAAAAAACCAUUCCCGAACAAGACUGUCAGAAUAGAGGUAGGAAUGUAUUGAAAUCUGAAUACCCAGAUGAUAUCGACAGUCUUAAUAGUUGUGGACUACAUUUCAUUUCAGAAAAUCCUCAACAGCUUGAAUCUCGAAGUUGUAAUCUCAGUGUAGUUGAUGCUAAGAAUAAAGAGUUUCAUCAAGCAAUCCUCGUCGAAAAUGAUAGAAGAAUUAACUCACCUCCAUUUGAUUGGUAUUCACCUUAUACUCAAUUGUAA